AUGCCAUCGUAUCUGUUCGGAGUCCACAAACUUCGUUCCUACCUGUACAGUGGGGAUGGCAGAGGAUCUGGUAGCACAAGUAUCUUUGUUGGUGGCUUUGUACUGGGAGGGCUUGUUGUUGGAGCAUUGGGUUGCAUAUAUGCUCCCCAGAUAAGCAAAGCACUAGCAGGAGCAGAUAGAAAAGAUCUGAUGAGAAAGCUCCCAAAAUUUAUAUACGACGAAGAGAAAGCUUUGGAGAGGACUCGCAAGAUACUAACCGAAAAGAUUGCCCAGCUGAAUUCUGCCAUAGAUGAUGUUUCAGCUCAACUUCGUGCAGAUGACGAACCGAAUGGAGCAGCCAUAACACCCGAUGAACUCGAAGCUUCCAUAUGA